AAACAAACAAAAAAAGACAGCAGUCACUUAUUGUUCACUAGCAUAAGUCAGCUAACGUUAGGUACCUAGCGAGAUUACAGCUAAUGCUAGUUUGCUAUUGUCAACUUCGUCGGCUAACGUCUGUUAGCACGUAGCCUGUUAGCCGCUUGAGGAGCCGCGGGAUAUACUUGUCAGAAACUUCUGGAAACGGGUGGCUAGCUUGGAUACUAUUAAUUAAAAAUACACCCGUGUAGCUAAACAGUUGACUACAGAGUACUCUACUAAUGUCUGAACAAGAGGAGACGAUGGACGCCUCUGAUAGCCAUGACAGUGUGCCACCAGCGAAGAAGAAUGGACGUACCUCGUUGCUGGACAGCGGGGAGGACUUUGAGGUUUUAGACGAAGAUGACAUUGACGACGACCCCCCUCCUCUCGAAGAUGCCGGGGGUGGGAAGGGCAAAAACACAGAUGAAUCUGAGAAGAAAAGUACAGAUCCAGACCCUCUAGGUCCAGUGGAGGAGUGGCUGGAUGUAUUGGGUAAUGACCAGCUGAAGAAAAAAGUCCUGGAGGCAGGGGAAGGGCGAGACAGUCGGCCACAGAAAGGACAGAAUGUAAAGAUUAAUCUGAAAACGUACCUGAAGGACGGGACACUUGUAGAGGAGCAGACUGACCUCUCUUUCACUCUUGGAGAUGGAGAUGUCAUUCAGGCUCUGGAUCUCACAGUGCAGCUCAUGGAAAUGAGAGAGAAAGCCCUCAUUCAGACUGAUGCCCUUUACGCAUACGGUGUCCGGGGGAGUAUUGAACCUGAGGUCCCCUCCAAUGCUGGGCUGUCCUUAGAAGUGGAACUGCUGGAAGUUACUGAUGCCCCAGACCUGGAGCUGUUGGCCCCUGCAGAAAAGAUUGCCCUGGCUAGCCACAAGAGAGAGAGAGGAAAUGUUCAUUAUCAGCGUGGGGACUACGCUUUUGCUGUCAACUCAUAUAGCAUUGCCCUGCAGAUAACUGAGUCUAGUUCUAAAGUUGACAUUAGUCCUGAGGAGGAGAAUGAGCUUAUGGAUGUAAAAGUGAAGUGUUUAAACAACAUGGCUGCUUCUCAGCUGAAACUGGACCACUACGAUGCAGCUCUUAAAUCUUGUGUCUCUGCACUGGAUCACCAGCCAGACAACAUAAAAGCACUUUUCCGCAUGGGCAAGGUACUAGCCUUGCAAGGUGAAUACACAGAAGCCAUUCAAACUUUGAGGAAGGCACUGAAGUUGGAACCAAGCAACAAGACUAUCCACGCAGAGCUCUCCAAGCUGGUGAAGAAGAACUCGGAGCAGAGAGGAGCAGAGCAGGCCAUGUAUAAGAAGAUGCUGGGUAACCCCUCUAGUAGCAGCGGCAACACACAGAAACACCGGUCCAAGUCUUCGUGGGGUCUCAGCUGGAAGUGGCUGUUCGGUGCCACUGCGGUAGCCAUUGGCGGUGUAGCAUUAUCCGUCGUCAUAGCUGCAAGAAAUUGAACCAAGCCUGACCGAGCCACUGCUAUGUGAGAGCCUAAACACAGAGGCACAUCUGGCAGUGCCUUCUGACCUUUGGUCAAAGGGGGUGAAAAUGUCAGUCAGUCAGUUGCCUCUUCACUGUCACUCUCCUUUCUCUGCUAUGUUUGAGAACUAUAUGUGACAAAUAAUUAAACAUCAAUAGUGGCAUAUGGGAACUGUAUUUCCAACCUUAUAAAUGUGUAGGUUUAUGCAUAUUUGUCACGCUGCCAGACACGGUUUUCUUUUGCUGCCAUUGUUUGUGUCUUUGGUAGGUAAUGUUGGAAGUUUAUGAAAAAUAAUAGAUUCAGAUAGAGGCUAUUUAAGAAUAUUUUCCCCAUUUAAAAUAGCUAUUGUGAUAUGGUCCUAUGUUAUGCUAUAGUUUUAAAGCGUCAGAUUGUGCAGGUAGAAUAAUGUUUCCUAUCCAAGAAAGAAUAUGUGAUUUCACUGUUUUUAAUUACAGUACGAUGUUUCAUGUUCACUGGUCUAAUGCAGAUUAUUAUUUGAGGUCCACGCGAUGGCAAUGUAGCUAGCUUGUGUGCUAGCUCUCACACCCUUUCUACAGACUCUACUCAUGCACUAAGUGACCAGACAAAUAGAAACACCUGUACAAUGUAAUUCAAUACAACAGUCAGCUUUUACUUUAGUUGGUUAUGUAUUGAGGCUGGAGUUUGUUGUGAUGUUGAAGCGUGUUCCUAAAAUUGUAUCCACUUGAUUAACAUACAUGGAGGAGCAGAAAUAUACAAGACCCCUCACAACGUAAUGCAGUUCAAUAAAAUACAGCAAACUGCAGCCUCAAAUGGCACCCAUCUGACACAGUGUCAACAACAAACAAAAAUAUUAUUUCACAAAGGUGGCUUAUAAAUAUACAUGACUGUGUAUUUGAUUGCAGUUCAGGGUGGUUUCUCCAUUCCUGCUCACUUGUGCAUACAUACAGUUAAACAUCAACUGAAGUAGAUUAACUGUACUUUAUUUUCAACAUUUGUUCAAUUACAUACUUCUUGGGAAUAAAGGUGCAGUUGUUACCUUCUGAAACAAGGAAGCAUGAUGGUACAGAGAGUUUCUCAGUGAUGUGGCUAUGAAUAAUGCUGAAGAUUAUUUUUAUUAAUCAGUUUCAGUCAAUCAUACCUCAGUUUUUGAUGAUCAAGACCAAAUGUUGAAGGAUGUCCCUUCAAAUAUUGCCUGUGACAUUUUUCCUUUGAUUACGUUCCUUUGAGUGUUUAUUUAUUCCACUGUUAUUGAUCAUUGCUUUCUCACGUGCAGUUAAUGUGACACGACUGAAUCUGUGGCUUCUUCGGAGUAGAUGGUAGUCCUACACAGCCAAAAGUUGCAUAAACUCUUAACAGAAGGUGACAAAUGAAGUGAUCGUAGAGUUCUUGGCAUUCCCUGCAUUUGUUAAUUUUAUAUUCAUCACAAUAAAAUUUGUCUGUUAUCAAA